AUGGCUCGUGAAGACGAUGUCGAGACACAAUCAACGCAUGAUGAAAACACACCGCUUCUAGUAGGAGAGCAAUCCGAACAACCCCGACUGGAACAAGAAAACGACAAGAAGCCGACUAGCUGGUAUCUAUGGAGGAUCUUCUGGGCUAUUCUUGCCGCUCUUGUCCUUGCCGUGUUUAUCAAGGGCUGGAUUGAGGCCGAUAGCGAUGUCAACUUUGACUUGGAGAAAGCGCUCAAGAAAGCGCUCGGAGGCGGCUUGAGCGGCGCCGCUGCCAUGGUUCUGCAGGUCCUGCUUCUGAUGCCUCUCCGAACGAUCAUGAACUAUCAGUACCGCUUCGGAACCUCCUUCACCAGUGCCACGCAUAUACUCUACGCUGAUGGAGGAUUCGGCCGGUACUAUUCGGGACUCGGAGCCGCACUGAUACAAGGACCUGUUGCAAGGUUUGGCGACACAGCUGCUAAUGCUGGAAUUCUGGCCUUACUGCAGUCCAAUUCAUAUCUGAAAGACCUGCCUUCGCUUGGAAAGACUGUUUUUGCUUCUCUUUGCGCUGCUGGGUUUCGCAUGAUCCUUACACCUGUUGAUACCCUCAAGACUACCCUCCAGGCACAAGGCCCCAGCGGAACUGCUCUGCUUCGGCAACGCAUCAAGCAACAUGGAGUUGGAACUUUGUGGUGGGGAGCGUUUGCUACUGCAGGAGCAACAUUCGUUGGCCAUUAUCCCUGGUUUGCAACGGAGAGGCUGUUCGAUUGGUGGUUCGAGAUGACGGAGUAUCCGGGCUGCUUGGACGCGGACUGA